AUGGAAGCAUUGGAGUCAGGUCCAAUGACGAGUUCAACCUGUGAUCCACUGUUGUCAGCCGCGCUUUCGAGUCGUUCACCGGCCAUUCCGUCGACACAUGCCACAGAUGACUAUCAUCACCAUUCACAUAUGAGUGGUACUGCUGAAACGUCGACAUGUUAUCACUUGUUGAACGGCAGUGGGCGCUUAAGUCCUUCUACACAAGUGAGCACAGCGUGCGGUGUUUCGAAUGCAGUUGCGUCAGUGACAGCAUCUGUUUUUAAUCAGUAUACAACGCUACAACCCCUUCAACCGUUACCACCGAUUUCGACAGUGACCAACUCAUCUUCAUCGUCAUCGUCCGAUAAAUUCGGCGGUACACGAUCCACUAGUCCGCAGAGUGUUUCCGAGACACGUUGCACUAACGACACCGCAACAACGCCCAAUGCUCUGUUCUUUCAGCAUCACCAACAGCAACAGCAACAAGCGCAUUCACCGCAACACAGCGCCAAUACAAGUCCGGUUGCGUUGACGUUUCAAACGUUCGCUUAUAAUGUAAAUAUCAAAUACGAGUAUGACAUGAAAAGCGAGCAAGACUCAAGUGAUGAGCAACUGCAACCGCAACAAGCAACUGUGCCUCCAUCAUCGUCUUCUUCUUCACCAGUCCAGCAAUCGCCACCUUCUCAACAACAGCACUCAAACGUUAGCGACCUUUCAGUUGUCGUUAAUGGCGACAAUGCUACGAACGUUGCUAGUUCAGAGAUUGUUCCGCAUCCGCAUCGAACGGCUGCCGCUGCAGCAACCACUAUGACAACGACGGCGAACGCAGUCAGCACUGAGUAUGCGACAGUGGCGGUCACAUUACCACAACAACUGCAGCAACAGCUCGCCGAACCCUUCUCGCCCUCACAAUCACCCUAUGUGCCACCCUCCUAUUCGAGCAUCAUCGAGUUGAGAUGCUCGUCAGCUAAAGAUGAUGACAAACUCUGUUUUGGCUCAACAGCGAAUUCAUUCGAUACGUUCGCCACUGCGACAGAUCUUCUGGAAGCGAGCAGCAUUGAUAAUAAUAAUGAUACGGUAUCUACAUUAGAUCAUUUUUUAAAGCUUUUUCACGAGUUUAAUGUUUCAUCUCCGCUACGCGAACGUUCGGCGCCACCAUCCGGCGGCUCGCCGGAUUCGGGUGGAAGUGAUAUGGAUGAGUUGAACACGAAAGAUUUAGCACAGAGGAUUUCGGCCGAAUUAAAACGAUACUCGAUCCCACAGGCGAUUUUCGCGCAACGCGUCCUCUGUCGAUCCCAAGGCACGCUAUCUGACUUGCUAAGGAAUCCAAAACCGUGGUCAAAGCUAAAAAGUGGUCGAGAGACGUUCAGACGAAUGGCUAAAUGGUUACAGGAACCCGAAUUCCAGAGGAUGUCUGCCUUACGGCUUGCAGGUAGUCUGAAGCUUGACCUCAGGUUGAUGGAAGCUUGCCCAAGUAUCAACUUAGACCCUGGUACUGAGGCUUGCAUAGGUCUUAUUCCAGCUCUUGAGGGGAUGGAUAAAUGGAUGGAUAUGAUAAUUUUCUUGACCGAACGAACACUGCACUAUCAUUCAGCAUGUAAACGAAAAGAAGAACAACAAGUGAAUGGUAGUGUCCAACCAAGUGCACCAAAAAAGCCACGGCUUGUCUUCACGGAUAUACAACGACGCACGCUCCAGGCGAUCUUCAAAGAGACGAAACGUCCAUCUAGAGAAAUGCAGUUAACUAUUUCACAACAACUUCAACUUGAUCCAACAACCGUAGCGAAUUUCUUCAUGAACGCUAGACGACGUGGUCAUGAUCGUACCAGACAGGAAGAGGAACAGCAGCAACAGCAAACACACUCUCUUCUCAACAACAACGAUCAACAGCAACACGAAGUCAACUCUCAGAUACAUUCUUCCGCUCAACCCGUUGUCUUUGAACAAUUGUAA